AUGGACAUUGAUGAUGUGCCUGUGAGAGGCACAAGGUCCCUAGAUGAAAUCUAUGAAAGUGCACAGAUUGCUAUAGCAGAACCUAACAGUUUUGAAGAAGCUGAGGCAGAUGAGGGCUGGAGGCAGGCCAUGGUUAAUGAAAUCAACAUGAUUCAGAAGAACCAAACAUGGCAGUUGGUUGAAAAACCAGCUAACAGAAAGACCAUUGGUGUAAAAUGGGUCUACCGAGUAAAGCAUAAUGCAGAUGGAAGCUUAAACAAGCUGAAAGCCAGACUAGUUGUAAAGGGCUUCAGUCAACGAUAUGGUCUAGACUACAUAGAAACAUUUGCUCCAGUAGCCAGACUUGAUACAAUCAGAUUGCUAGUUGCUCUAGCUGCUCAAAACCAGUAG